AUGUAAUUUAAGAAUAUUGGAAUUAUUAAUUAAUUUUUUAUCAAAUUUUUAAUAGAUGUGUGGGUUUGUAAAAUGGGAAAUAUCUUAGAUUUAUAAAAAGAGAAGGAUACUUUGUUUGAGUGUAAGAGUGGAUAAUUCGAUGUUAAUUACUUGCAAUUUGGCUUAAUGUAGCCCACAAAUACUACAAAUUUUUAUGGCUGCUAAUUUGCUCAAAUGGAAAAUGUUUUUAUUGAAUGUAACUUAAAUCCAAAGUAGUACUUUUAAUCUAAAUGCUAAGGUAAAAACUAUUGUGAGAUAGAUUUUUAGGAAAUGAUUGAAUAAUCUUUCUAAAAUGAAUGCUUAGAUGCAGUAUAAUUAAAUUCUAUUUAUAUAUCUAUGCCUUGCGAAAAUUCAGAAAUGGAAUUUGGUUCAAUAAAAAUAUCAAAAAGGAGUCUAUCUAUUUUUAUCUUGUCUGUUGACAUUGCUAUAUUCUACAUAUUUUUUCUAUAUAUCUAUUUUAUGAAGAGAAAUAAUUAAAGAACAGCCGAUUAAAUAACUAUAAAUAACUGUUUGGCUAAAAAUUUUACUAUUUUAGUUAAAAAUCUUCCAAAUAUUGAGUAAAAUGUUUUGGUUUCUAGACUUUGGCAACAUCUUCAAACUUAUUUGGAUGAAAAAUGUGUAGAAUUGCAAUAAGAACAGAUUAAAAUAAUAGAUAUAAAGCUUGGAGUAAGAUAAACGUAAAUGAACAUUUAGAAGAAAAUAGGAUAAUAGUCUCGAUAUUUAGAGAAAUCAAUUAUGUAAUUCAUAAAAAAAUAUGACUUAUUAACUAAUAGUUAACAAAAAAAACAUAUUACUAUUAACUAUUUAUUGUAACUAUAAGAAUAAAUUAUUGAUUCAGAAUCAAAAUCUAAAGCAAAAAUUGAUUUAUAAAAAAUUACAUAAUUAAAAUUGAAUAUACAAAAAUUAAAAGCCAAGAGCUUUGAAAUGAUUUAGAGAAAAAAUGCAAUAAAUUUUGCAUGGGUCACUUUUGAAACAAUGGAGUAAAAGCAGCGUGCUUUUAAACUAUUAAGCAGCUCUUUUAUUACAGCAGUUUAUUAUCAUUUUUAUUAUUUAUUUUAUAACAUAUUUCAUAAAGAUCCUAAUUUCACUAAAAAUAAACUUCAUUUCAACUAAAGUGUACUUUUAGUUGAAAAAACUGUUGCCUCGGAAAGUAUUAAUUGGUCAAAUUUAUAUUACACUGUUUUAAAUAGAUCUUGCAGGAAAUUAUUUUCCCUUGCUAUUACAGUAGCUAUAUUAAUUGGAACUUUUUUGGUGUUAGCUAUUUUCGACUACUUUUAACUUUAGCUGACAAUUAAGUAUCCUUCGGUAAAUUGUGAAGAUAAAAAACUAAAAAAUAUUAAAAAAGAAGAUGUCGAGAAUUUUUCAGAUAGUACUUACUAAUAUGAUAGGAUGAUAAAAAUUGAGUGCUUUUGCUGGUAAUAGGAAUUUUAAUAUAAAUUUUAGAGUAGCUUAAGUUCGAUCUGCAGUGAUUGGUAUAAAAAUUACUUGGCUCAGUUAGCAAUGCCAAUUGCCAUAGUUUUUGCUCUUUUAUUUAUAAAUUACAUCAUUAAAUAAAUCUACAAAACUUUGUCAAAAUUUGAAAAAUAUAAAUUUAUAAAUAACCAAAUGAACUCAACAAUUAAUAAAAUAUUCUUAUUUUCGUUCAUUAACUCUGCAUUUAUUGUUUAUUUGGUUAAUAUGGAGCAAAGCGGUUAUUUUUCUUAGUUUGCUUAAUCUUAAGGUGGAUUUAUUUCAUAAGUUCUAUCUUCAGGAUAAUAUAUUAGUUUUAAUCCGGAGUGGUAUAGAAAUGUUGGAAUAAUAUUUACUAUUGGCAUAUUGUCUAAAGCAUUUAGUGUACCUUUUGGAAAAUUGAUGAUCUAUGUUUAUAAAAAGUUUAUAAUUUGGAUAGAUUAAAAAUGUACUUUAGAUUCAAACAUAACAAGAUGUAAAAGUAAUAAUUAAUGGAUAAGAAUAAGAAAAGGUCCUAAAUUUAGUAUCUAGUACAGAUAUGCAUAACAUUUGGAAGUCUUGUUUUUGAUGAUGACCUAUGGUGCAGGAAUGCCAUUGCUAUAUUUAGGAGUAUUUUUAUACUUUUUAUUUAGCUUUUACACUGAUAAAAUAAUGCUAUUUAAAUUUUGCAGAAAAUCUAUACCACUUGAUUAGUAAAUGGCCAAUUACUUUUAGUAUAUGCUCUAUUAUAGCUUAAUUAUACAUAGGUUUACUUAUAUUUUAACAUUUAAUAACCCUGCUUUGUUUUAUGAUUUGUAAGAUCUUAGUAAUUAAUCAUAUAAUGCUGUCAUCGAUGUCUUUACUUAGCAAUCUAUUUAUUUUGUUCCAAUUAGUUUGGGAGCUUCUUUAAUAAUAGUUACAUAUUUUUUAAAAUUAAUGUUUAAACCGCUAGAUGCUUAUAAAUGGUUCUGUCGUAAGUCUAAUUCAAAAUCCGAAAAGAAAAGUAUAAUCAAGAAUAAUAAAUUUUACGAGUUUAUGGAAAGAGACUAAAUAGAAAAAGAAUUGCUUUUAUUAGAUUAUACUCUAACUUUUGAGUAACCAUGCUUAUAUAUGAAGAAUAAACUUAUUGAAAAAAAAUAAAUAUUAAAUGAAUAUCUAAAUUAAAUCGAGCAAAACCCACCUCAGCUUACUUUUAUUGGAAAUUAUUCAUAUGAUUACAAACUAAGCUCUAAUUAUUCUAAGUAUUUCAGAUGGCAAAAAGAACUAAAGUUAAAUUAUGAAAAUAGUUGUUUUUAUUUUGAAAAAUAGAUUUUCUCAAAUAAGAAAUCAAAUUUGGAUAUUAUUUUAGAAGAUAAUUAAAUAAAUUAAGAUAACUAAGAAUACAGUUAAACUACUCCUAAAGAUGAAGAAAUAAUUGACAUAUGUCCAGAACUUUUAGAUGGAAAUAUGCAGUAAAUAAAAUGUUCUGAUUUUUAAAUAAUGAAAAAGUGA